AUGGAUGAACAAAAAACUAUACCUUUUGACGCGAUAGUCGUCGGCGCUGGCCUGAGUGGGCUUCAAGCCGCCUACGAUAUCCAGCUGGCAGGCCUAUCGUGUCUUGUUCUUGAGGCAAGAGACCGCGUGGGGGGGAAGACAUGGACGAGAACAACGAAAAACGGAAAGUUGGUGGAUGUAGGUGCAGCAUGGAUAAAUGACACCAAUCAGUCGAAAAUAUACGACCUUGCUAAACGGUUCAAUUUGGACCUGAUACAGCAAAACACAAACGGAUAUUGCGUGGUACAAGGAGAGAAUGGAGAAAGAUCAACAUUUCAAUAUGGGAACAACCCACAGUUCUCUCCUGAAGAAGUGGCAAACUUGGUUGGAAUUCGAGAGCUUGUUGAGGAUUUAUCCCAUGCUACCAGCGAAGAGCAGCGAAAAUAUGACGAUAUAACAUUUGAGCAGUGGGUAAAGGAACAUGGUGGUGGCAAGAAGACAUUAUCGACCGCAGCGAUAUGGACAAGAGCCAUGCUGGGAUGUGAACCAUCCCGCGUCACUGCCAUGUACGUUUUCGACUAUUAUAAAAGAUCGGGGGGUCUUCUGCGAGCUCGUUCGGACAGCAAGGAUGGGGCGCAGUAUCUUCGAAUUCGACAGGGCACGCAAGAGAUUUCCAGACGCUUAGCCGCAUCUUUAAAACCCAACUCCGUGCUCCUUGGGAGUCCUGUGGUUAACAUCACGCAGGAGGACGACGCCGACAACAUUGUGCAGACGAAGAGUGGUAUGAUAUAUCACUGCAAAAAGGUCAUAAUCUCUAUACCCACUCCGCUCUAUUCGAAAAUCAACUUUUUGCCUGCGCUCCCGACCUCCAAAACAAGUCUCACCGAUAAGACUGAGCUCGGCUUCUACGCUAAAUCAAUCCUAGUUUACCGCGAGCCAUGGUGGCGGCAGUCGUCGUUUUGCGGCCUGUCACAAUCGUUUGUCGGGCCAGCCUCCAUCACCCGGGAUACAAGCGAUGACACGAACGGCCAAUACUCACUCACCUGUUUUCUCGUGGGCGACCUGGGAAAGGCGUGGUCUAAACUGGCUGUGAAGGCACGCAGGGAGGCCAUUUUGAGUCAGGCGCUGGCCCUAUUCGGCAAAAACCAUACAAAGGACAUUUACGACGUCGUCGACAUCGUUGAGCAGGACUGGGCACUUGAAGAAUGGAGUCAAGGGGCGCCUUGCCCGGUCACAGGACCGGGAAUCUUGUCGGUAUUCGGCGACCAAGUGGUCAGACCAUUUGGAAAUAUACACUUCGUGGGGACAGAAACAGCGGAGAUUUGGAAAGGGUAUAUGGAUGGAGCGGUGAGAUCGGGGGAAAGAGGGGCGAAGGAAAUCAUAGAAUCAAUAAAGAGCCGAGACACAAAGCUCUGA